UCCACUCCCCCGGCCUCAGGUAACUUUGUGCGCUCGGGCUCUCUUCCUACUGCGCGUCGAUUCGAUUCGAAGCGGCCGGCCGCAACUCUCCUUCGGGCCAAGCGCACGGAACGGACAGCUGCCAUGGCCGAGUCCCAGCUCGUGUGCAUGGAGGACGGCCGAAUCGGCGUCCAGGUGGCCGAGACGCGGCCGGAGUUCUACUACAGCGAGGAGCAGCGCGCCGCCGUCGAGGAGCUGCUCAAGAACGGCGACGGCGCGUUCAAAAUGCGCCUCAAGGAUGACAACAAAAUCGAUUUUUUAUCCGCCAGGGAGGUCAAACAGCUCACCAAUAACUUUAAACAGUACGACGCAGCCGGGGAGGGGGAGCGGGAGGCGGGCGCGCGCUCGUCUCCCUCCUCGGACUCCGGGGUCCACUCCACCUACUGGCCGCAGAUGUCCGACACCGAGGUGCCGCCGCUGGACAUUGGCUGGCCCAGCGGGGGCUUCUUCAAGGGGGUGACCCGGGUGGCGAUCCACACGCACCCUCCCAAGGACAACGGACCGCAUAUCAAGGAGGUGGUGCGCAGGCUCAUCCAGGAGGCCAGCAAGGUGAUCGCCAUCGUGAUGGACCUGCUCACCGACCUGCAGAUCCUGCAGGACCUGAUGGACGCCGCCUGGCGCCGCUCGGUGCCCAUCUACAUCCUGCUGGACCAACACGGCGUGCCGCACUUCCUGGACAUGUGCUCUCGGCUGCAGAUCGGCGCCCAGCACCUGCGGAACAUUCGCGCCCGGACCCUCUCCGGGGUGGGCUUCAACUUGUCCUUCGGCAGACUGCCCGGCUCCUUGUGCUCCAAGUACAUGCUGGUCGACGGAGACAAAGUGGUCUUUGGAUCCUACAGUUACUCGUGGUCCUCGUCGCGCAUGGACCGCAACACCAUCACGGUGAUGACGGGCCAGGUGGUGGACUUCUUUGACCAGGACUUCCGCGAGCUCUACGCCGUGUCAGAGAAGCUGGACCUCUUCCGCGAGUUCCACGUGAGCCCGCCGGCCAACACAAGCGCCAGCGUGCGCUCCAAAGCGGGCCCCAAGCGGCCCCCGCUUCCCGCCACCACGUCCCGCUUCCAAGUCAGCCUCGGCGACCCCCUCAAAGUCAAUAACAUCGAGGUGCCCGCUCACAAGUACUACAACCCCAAGUACUUCCUCAUGUUCCCGGACACGCCGCAGCCGCCCAGGUCCCUGCAGGGGCCCACCAGACCGUCCGAGCUCUUGCGGCUUACCGUGCCCCAGGAGCAGAUCACCACCAGCGAGAAGCUGGACCGCCUCAGCCCGCUCCCGUCGGAACCGGUGGAGUUCUUCAAGAGGGCCAACGGGGUCCCGCAGGAGAAGAAGAGACUGACGCUGAAGCAGAGGAUCACCAAGAGAUGGUCGUCCAGCAAGCUGUCCCUCAACAGCGAGAGGGCCAGCCCCGCCCCCGCCGAGUCCACGGGACACCUGGGGAGCCAGGACCCCCUGGAGGUCAAGGUCAAGUCACCCACCAACAAGCUCAAGCUCCUCAAGAGGCCGUCCACGCUCGGGGCCAGGACCGACUCGGUGCAGACGUUAGACACCACGCAAGACAACAUCAGCCAGAGGAGUCAGCGCCGACCUAAGCAAGUGUGCAAAGUGUCCUGAGGUAGACAAGCAGAUUGUCGAACGGUUUACAAGCACUAAAUUCACUUUUGUUAGCGGGCCUCAGACGUCCUGCCGCUCGGUGGAAGGGGCGUGCUAGCUCCAGGGCUGACCGACCAAGCCGGCUAAAAAAAGCCACACAAAAAUGCCUUCUUUGUUGUUGCCCAAAAAUAAAAUCACUUUUUAUCAUUUAA